UGAUCCUAGAAUGGGAGAUGCCAUCCGUGCCCUAGGAGAUUCGAUCUCAUUUGGGAGAUUCAUGUCUGAAUCCUUGGCAUGGGAGAAAUGGUCAUCUUUCUCUCAGAACCGCUACUUAGAAGAAGCUGAAAAAUUUUCCAAGCCUGGUUCUGUUGCCCAGAAAAAAGCAUAUUUUGAAGCCCAUUACAAGAGAAUAGCUGCCAAGAAAGCAGCCGAAGCAGAAGCAGCCGCUAAUGAUUUUCCGGAACCAGAAGCUUUAGAUGAGAUUCACAAUACCUCCUCAGAUGAUUUGGACACUGUGAAAGAGAACAGUCACAUGAUAAUUGAUGAAUCAGAGGGACAAGAAGCCCUUAAUACUAAUACAGUUGUGGAUGAGAUCCACAAUAGCUCCUCAGAUGAAUUGGACACUUUGAAAGAGAAUAGCCCCAUGAUUAUUGAUGAACCAGAGGGACAAGAGGAGGCCCCCAAUACUCAGGUAGUUGUUGAUUGUGUGGAAAAGAUUGAAUUGGAAGAGGUAAAAGUAGAGGAAGUAGAGGAAGCAGAACCAGUGACAGUACAAACUGUUAUAGAGGAGAGUCCUCGUGCUCAAACUGAAUUUUCAGACCAGAUUGAAAAUGUUGAAGAAGAGAGGAUGCCCCUUAAGGAGGUUGCUGAUGAGGAGAAGAAUCUGGCUUUGAGGAGUAACAAGAAGCUAACAAAAUCUUCCUCUAAGUCAUUGGCUCAAGGCCGAGCAUCCAAGCUUGGAGCUUCUCCUGCAAAAGUAACAUCCUUGGCUCAUGUCAGAAAAGAAAACAAUGCCAGUCCAAGCACCAAGAAGCCUGCACCAGAUGCUCUGAACAAGAAGAGGUUUACUCCAAAAUCACUUCACAUGUCGAUUAACUUUGCCUCUCUUGCUGGUGAAACCAGCAAAAAGGCGUCUCCUGUUCUUCAAAAGAAUAGAAAUUCAAGAAUUAAUGCAAUUGCUGCCAAAAUAACCGAAGAGAGCUCAACUCCCAGACGAACAACAAUUAGGGCAUCCAUGAGUGGGAUAUCAAAGCAUACUUCAGCAACAACCCCUCAGUCAGAAAAUAGAAGGACCAGAACUCUACUUGAUCAGUCAGUUUCUGGGAACAGAACAGCUGAAGGGAAAUGGCAGUCACUCUUGGCAGACAGGCGACCACAACCUUCAGUUGCAUGCGGAAGCAAAUCAAGGUCUCCUAUUAUAUCUUCUCCGUUUAGAUUCAGGAGUGAAGAAAGAGUAGCAAAACGCAAAGAGUUCUUUCAGAAACUAGAAGAGAAGAAUGCCAAGGAGGCAGAGAAAAUGCAGCCGCAGACAAAAUCUAAGGAAAAACCCGAGACUGAUCUGAAAAAACUGCGCCGCAGUAUUACCUUCAAAGCCAUACCAACUACAGAUUCUUGCCGUGAAACAGAAUCACCCGGUAAUCACAUGAUGAAGGAGAAAGGUGAGAGCAAUCUUAAAAAACUGAGACACAGCAUUACCUUCAAACCAGGUUCUUGUCGUGAAACAGACUCACCUGGUAAUCACAUGAAGAAGGAGAAAGGUGAGAGCGAGCUUAAAAAACUGAGACACAGCAUUUCCUUCAAACCAGGUUCUUGUCGUGAAACAGACUCACCUGGUAAUCACAUGAAGAAGGAGAAAGGUGAGAGCGAGCUUAAAAAACUGAGACACAGCAUUACCUUCAAACCAGGUUCUAGUCAUGAAACAGACUUGCCUGGUAAUCACAUAAAGAAGACACCACCAACACGGCCUCGCUCCCCAAAACUUGGGAGGAAGCCAACUCCCAAUGCAGUCCAGGACACAAACUCCAGGCCUCCUAGAGUGCCUUCAUCCAGAACUGAUAGCUCCAACAAGCCUGCUACAGAAAAGAAUAAACUACUCCUACCAAAGAAUAAUUCACAAGAGAAUGCCUCCCCAAAUAUCCAGCUUUGAGGGUGCUUUCAAGCAUAUGUAUAGAGAACAUAUUGAUUUUCCCUGCUGGUGAAAGUACAAGCACCAUCCUAGAAAUUCCAUAUCUUGGAGACAGAAAAUAACUUUGUGAUUGCAAUUUGUGUUGAUUGCUGCAUUCAACAUUUGCUAGCAGUAAAAUUUUGUAUUGGUAUGUAAGAGUUAUAGCAAAUUAUGUAAAAAGGAAAAUAGAUGGUUCGACAUCGCCAUGCAUCUGGGUUUGUUAAAUGUAUAAUCAGUAUGAGUUUGUGCUGUUUUGAUGCUUAA